AUGUCUACUAUCAUAAAGACGAUCACCAGUUUCACCAAGACCAUCACCAGUAUCACUAAGACCAUCACCAGUAUCACUAGAACCAUCACCAGUGUCACUAAGACCAUCACCAGUAUCACUAAGACCAUCACCAGUAUCACCGAGACCAUCACCAGUCUCACAAAGACCAUUGCCAGUAUCACCAAGACCAUCACCAGUAUCACCAAGACCAUUGCCAGUAUCACUAAGCCCAUCACCAUAUCACUUAGACCAUCACCAGUGUCACUAAAACCAUCACCAGUAUCACUGAGACCAUCACCAGUAUCACCGAGACCAUCACCAGUCUCACAAAGACCAUCACCAGUAUCACCAAGACCAUCACCAGUAUCACCAAGACCAUUGCCAUCACCAGUAUCAUUAAGACCAUCACCAGUAUCACUAGAACCAUCACCAGUGUCACUAAGACCAUCACCAGUAUCACUAAGACCAUCACUAGUAUCACUAAGACCAUUACUAACCAUCACCAAGAUCACUAAGCCCAUCACCAGGAUCACUGAGACCAUCACCAGGAUCACUGAGACCAUCACCAGUAUCACCAAGACCAUCACCAGUAUCACUGAGACCAUCACUAAGACCAUCACCAGUGUCACUAAGGCCAUCACCAGAAUCACUGAGACCAUCAUCUGUAUCACUAAGACCAUCACCAGUGUCACUAAGGCCAUCACCAGUAUCACUAAGACCAUCACCAGUACCAUCACCAAGAUCACUAAGCCCAUCACCAGGAUCACUGAGACCAUCACCAGGAUCACUGAGACCAUCACCAGUAUCACCAAGACCAUCACCAGUAUCACUGAGACCAUCACUAAGACCAUCACCAGUGUCACUAAGGCCAUCACCAGAAUCACUGAGACCAUCAUCUGUAUCACUAAGACCAUCACCAGUGUCACUAAGGCCAUCACCAGUAUCACUAAGACCAUCACCAGUACCAUCACCAGUAUCAUAAAGACGAUCACCAGUUUCACCAAGACCAUCACCAGUAUCACUAAGACCAUCACCAGUAUCACUAGAACCAUCACCAGUGUCACUAAGACCAUCACCAGUAUCACUAAGACCAUCACCAGUAUCACCGAGACCAUCACCAGUCUCACAAAGACCAUCACCAGUAUCACCAAGACCAUCACCAGUAUCACCAAGACCAUUACCAUCACCAGUGUCACUAAGACCAUCACCAGUAUCACUGAGACCAUCACCAGUAUCACCGAGACCAUCACCAGUCUCACAAAGACCAUCACCAGUAUCACCAAGACCAUCACCAGUAUCACCAAGACCAUUACCAUCACCAGUGUCACUAAGACCAUCACCAUUAUCACUGAGACCAUCACCAUUAUCACUGAGACCAUCACCAGUAUCACUAAGACCAUCACCAUUAUCACUGAGACCAUCACCAGUAUCACUAAGACCAUCACCAUUAUCACUGAGACCAUCACCAGUAUCACCAAGACCAUCACCAGUAUCACUGAGACCAUCACUAAGACCAUCACCAGUGUCACUAAGGCCAUCACCAGAAUCACUGAGACCAUCAUCUGUAUCACUAAGACCAUCACCAGUGUCACUAAGGCCAUCACCAGUAUCACUAAGACCAUCACCAGUACCAUCACCAGUAUCAUAAAGACGAUCACCAGUUUCACCAAGACCAUCACCAGUAUCACUAAGACCAUCACCAGUAUCACUAGAACCAUCACCAGUGUCACUAAGACCAUCACCAGUAUCACUAAGACCAUCACCAGUAUCACCGAGACCAUCACCAGUCUCACAAAGACCAUCACCAGUAUCACCAAGACCAUCACCAGUAUCACCAAGACCAUUACCAUCACCAGUGUCACUAAGACCAUCACCAGUAUCACUGAGACCAUCACCAGUAUCACCGAGACCAUCACCAGUCUCACAAAGACCAUCACCAGUAUCACCAAGACCAUCACCAGUAUCACCAAGACCAUUGCCAGUAUCACUAAAAUCACUGAGAUCAUCACCAGUAUCACUAAGACCAUCACCAGGAUCACUAAGCCCAUCACCGGGAUCACUAAGACCAUCACCAGGAUCACUGAGACCAUCACUAAGACCAUCACCAGUGUCACUAAGGCCAUCACCAGAAUCACUGAGAUCAUCACCAGUAUCACUAAGACCAUCACCAGGAUCACUAAGACCAUCACCUGUACCACUGAGAUCAUCACCAGUGCCACUGAGACCAUCACCAGUGCCACUGAGAUCAUCACCAGGCAUCUCUAUAUGAGGUCGGGUCAGUUGAACGUUCUGGACAGCCAAUCAGCGUUGAUGAUUCUAAACUAA